ACUUUGAUAAGAUCUGGCGUGAGCACUGCGAGGACGAGGAAACUCUGUGUGAAUAUGCUGUGGCAAUGAAAAACCUUGCAGAUAAUCACUGGGCAAAAACCUGUGAAGGGGAAGGCCGAAUUGAAUGGUGUUGCAGUGUAUGCCGAGAAUAUUUUCAGAAUGGUGGGAAAAGAAAAGCACUUGAGAAAGAUGAAAAAAGAGCACUUCUUGCUUCUAAGACCACUCCAGCUUUAAACGUUCCCCAGGCUCCCAAGAUUGAAGAUCCCUUCCCAAACUUUGGCUUGACAAGUCAUGAGGCUAUAACAGAAGAAUUGCUCCACUCCUUGGGGAAGAUCAGAUUACUUGAUGUUGGUAGCUGCUUUAAUCCAUUUCUGAAGUUUGAAGAAUUUCUGACAGUUGGCAUAGAUAUUGUCCCAGCUGUUGAGAGCGUAUACAAAUGUGACUUCUUAAAUCUUCAAAUUCAGCAACCUCUCCAACUGGCACAAGAUGCUAUAGAUGCCUUUCUUAAGCAACUGAAAAAUCCCAUUGAUUCUCUACCUGGAGAACUGUUCCAUGUUGUAGUUUUCUCGCUCCUCCUUUCUUACUUCCCAUCACCCUAUCAACGAUGGAUAUGCUGCAAGAAGGCGCACGAACUUCUCGUAUUAAAUGGCUUACUGCUGGUAAUAACUCCCGAUUCCUCUCAUCAGAAUCGUCGGGCUAUGAUGAUGAAAAGCUGGAAAAUUGCCAUAGAGUCCUUGGGGUUUAAACGCUUCAAGUAUUCCAAGUUUUCUCAUAUGCACCUGAUGGCAUUUAGGAAAACUUCCCUGCAAACAACAAGUGACUUAGUUAGCAGGAACUACCCAGGAAUGUUGUAUAUCCCACAGGAUUUCAACAGUAUAGAGGAUGAGGAGUAUUCCAACACUUCCUGCUAUGUUCGAUCCGAUACAGAAGACGAACAGCUCGCUUAUGGUUUUAUGGAGCUGCCUGAUGCUCCUUAUGACUCGGACUCUGGAGAAAGCCAGUCUAGUUCAAUCCCUUUCUAUGAGCUAGAAGACCCUAUAUUGCUUCUAAGCUAAUGUAGUCGUUGAAAUGCCCUUUCAGUCAAACCUCUCGCUUAACUAAUUUUGCUAUACUAACAUGGGCUCAACAUGCAAAAACGGUUUGCAUAAAGAAAAUGCAAAGGUUUACAGAGUUUGCUAUUUUUUUCUACUUUGGAAUUUUAAAAUUUAUUCUUGUAUGAAAGUGAAAAAAUACAAGUUUUAUGCGGAUGACUCAUGUCAUAGCAUAAAUUCCUGUUACUUUCUUUAGAUUUGUAUCACUAAUUUCUUUUUUUUUUUCCAGAAAGGUACCAUUCUUUUCUUUAGUGCUGUGAAGUGUGGAUUCUAUUUAAUUUGCUAAAUGUUGUUUCAAUAUUUUAACUCGAUGUGGUGAGCUUAAGGCACUGGAGUUGAUGGGCUUCUGAGAAGUAUACGUAGGAAAAAAUAAUUUGCACUUUAAUUAAAUGUGCAGAUAGGUUAAGACACAUGUCCCUUCUUAAUUAUGGAACAAACGUUUUGGUUUUUUCCAAAAUUUGUUUCAUUCUGGUUAAGCCUGGGCUGGAGAAACUACAAUGCGUGCACAUUUGAUUUUGUUUAUUGCAGCCCUCUUGAGAUAAUGCCAAAUGGAGAUGAUACCAAAACACUGGGAUACAUUAAUCCAUAGUUUACGUACUGUGUAAUUUCAUUGCAUAAAUAGCGGCUAGAGAUGAGAUUUCUGAAGAGGUUAUCACCCCCCUGAGAAGUAUGGUACGUCUAGACAAUUUUGUUUCACUUCAAAGCUGGAACACAGUUCUGCAAUUUUAUGAGUGUACAAGCACUAACAUAUGUCAGUAUUUCCCCAAUGAUGGUGUUCUGUGUUCUCUUCAAACUGU